AUGGCCAGUACCAAUUGUUACUUCACCAUCGCCCUCCUCUUCGCCUCCCCAUUCACGCAGAGCCCGUCCAGACGGCAUGUGAAUGGCGACACCGCGUUGGACAUCUGCUGUGGCAGCGGCGACCUCUCCUUGCUGCCACCUUACCAUCCCCCUCCUCUCAUCCACAACCCCACCAUCUCUCCCCUCUCAUUCAGAGCUCGCCCAGGCGACACCGCUUUGGAUAUCUGCUGUGGCGGUGGCGAUCUCUCCUUGCUGCCACCUUUCCACCCCCCUCCUAUCUUCCCCACCCCCACCAUCUCUCCCCCCGCCCUCAGAGCUCGCCCUGGUGACACCGCGUUGGACAUCUGCUGUGGCAGCGGGGAUCUCUCCUUGCUGCUGGCGGAGAAGGUGGGCCCCACGGGGAGCGUGGUGGGGCUCGACUUUGCCGCCCAGCAGCUCGUUGUCGCCGCCCAGAAGCAGCAAGACAGCUACUCCGCUCGCAGAGUGGACAUGAGGUGGGUGGAGGGCGACGCCUUAGCCCUGCCGUUUGAUGCGGCUUCCUUUGACGCGGUCACCAUGGGGUACGGGCUGAGGAACGUCACCAGCAUUCCGCGGGCUCUGCAGGAGAUUCACCGCGUGCUCAAGGCUGGUAGCUCUGCAGCCAUUCUUGACUUCAACCACACAGAGGACCCUCUUGUGGCCGCAUUCCAGGAAUUCGCCCUGCAGAAUGCGGUGGUGCCGGUAGCACGCAUGUUUGGGCUGUCAGAGGAGUACGAGUACCUGCUGCCCUCCAUCCGCCGCUUCCCCACAGGGCGGCAGCAGGAGCAACUGGCAAAAGAUGCUGGCUUUUCCAAGGCGGUGCAUUAUGAAAUUGGAGGGGGGCUCAUGGGUGUGCUUGUGCUGCAGAAAUGA